GACGCAUGCGCAGUGUCUCCGCGGUAAUUAGGGCCGUUUCCUCGACCGGCGUGAGAAGAACAUUAGGCUCCCGGGAUUCCUGUUCCUGCCACCUCGCUAUCGCCUCCUCCGCGCCCGAGCGGGGUCGCAGGCUCCCGAGCUCCUCCCGCUCCCCGUCGCCGGCUUUCCUCCGCGGCGCGACUCUCAGGGCCCAGAUGAGCUUGUUUGGAGCAGCCUCCGGGUUCGGCACGGGGGGAGCCAGCAUGUUCGGCAGCGCCGCCGCAGAUAAUCACAACCCUAUGAAGGAUAUUGAAGUCACAUCCUCUCCUGAUGAUAGCAUUGGUUGUCUAUCUUUUAGCCCACCAACCUUGCCGGGGAACUUUCUUAUUGCAGGAUCGUGGGCUAACGAUGUUCGAUGCUGGGAAGUUCAAGACAGUGGACAGACUAUUCCAAAAGCCCAGCAGAUGCACACUGGGCCUGUGCUAGAUGUCUGCUGGAGUGAUGAUGGGAGCAAAGUAUUUACGGCAUCAUGUGAUAAAACUGCCAAAAUGUGGGACCUCAACAGUAACCAGGCGAUACAGAUAGCACAGCACGAUGCUCCUGUUAAAACCAUACAUUGGAUCAAAGCACCAAACUACAGCUGUGUGAUGACCGGGAGCUGGGAUAAGACUUUGAAGUUUUGGGAUACACGAUCAUCAAAUCCUAUGAUGGUUUUACAACUCCCUGAAAGGUGUUACUGUGCUGACAUGAUAUACCCUAUGGCUGUGGUGGCGACUGCAGAGCGGGGACUGAUCGUCUAUCAGUUAGAGAAUCAACCUUCUGAAUUCAGGAGGAUAGAAUCUCCGCUGAAACAUCAGCAUCGAUGUGUGGCUAUUUUUAAAGACAAACAGAACAAGCCGACAGGUUUUGCCCUGGGAAGCAUUGAGGGGAGAGUUGCCAUUCACUACAUCAACCCCCCAAAUCCUGCCAAAGAUAACUUCACCUUUAAAUGUCAUCGAUCUAACGGAACCAACACUUCAGCUCCUCAGGACAUUUACGCGGUAAAUGGAAUUGCGUUCCAUCCUGUUCAUGGCACCCUUGCAACUGUGGGUUCUGAUGGUAGAUUCAGCUUUUGGGACAAAGAUGCCAGAACAAAACUAAAAACUUCGGAACAGUUAGAUCAACCGAUAUCGGCUUGCUGCUUCAAUCACAAUGGAAACAUAUUUGCAUAUGCUUCCAGCUACGACUGGUCAAAGGGACAUGAAUUUUAUAACCCCCAAAAGAAAAAUUACAUUUUCCUACGUAACGCAGCCGAAGAGCUAAAGCCCAGGAAUAAGAAGUAGUGGCUGGAGACUUGUGGGUUGUCCAGAGUUGUCUUCUCUCCACUCUGCCUCAUCUCUGUACGAAUUUGGGUCCCAGCUUUCGGUGGGUUGUCAGCCAUGGAUAUGGAUUUCAACCCCUGGAGAAAACGAUGUCAUUGUUCAGCAGUCAGGAGCCUGGCGGCCACGGUGACUCUCCAUCUCUCCAUUCCACUGCCGGUUACAGGUUUCGUCUGUAACUCUAAGGGGAUUAAAAUUAUUAUAGAAGUUCUUAGAUUCAUGUGGGCAACUGCCAGGUAUUUUGCAGUGCUUUGUUCAGCAGUGUAUGUGUUAGAGAACAUUGGGAAACAUUCUAUGAGCCCUGUACUGUAUUUUGUAAUAAAAUAUUUUGAAGAUUGUC